UUUGUAGAUUCUGACACGUUACAAGUCCAAAUGGAGGAAUAUGGAUCUAAGAUUAAACCCGCUUUCACAGGAAGACGUUCUAAAAGGAGCAGGAAAUCAGCUUCCAGGCAAUGUUCCAAUAAAAAUGCAGUAUAUACUACAUGAUCUAGCAAGACUAGGACAGUACCAUCAAGUACCCUUCAAAAUCCCUGCUGAUUUGAAAGAAGUUAUGUAUGUGAAAGGAUCAAGACCCGCUAUGUUAUUUAUAACAGCAGUUGAUAUGGAAAACUCCGAAUAUACAGAAGAACUUUCUAGACAGCUGUGGUUGCGAGUGUGGGGCAGAGAUGAAGGUAUUACUACGGAUGACGAUAUAUCAGAGGCUGCAUCAAAGGCUGGAAUAAAAAAAGAAAUGAUUGUAAAAUGCUUGAACAGAGCUAAGGAACCUGACGUUUCUGAUCGUUUAAAAGCUGACACAGACGAAGCACUAUCACUCGGGGCUUUUGGAACUCCAACUAUUGUCAUUCAUAAUAACGGUAAAAAAGAAAUGCUAUUUGGAUCGGAUAGAUUGGAUUUAAUUGCAAAUUUUAUCGGUGAAAAAUAUGAAGGUCCACUAAAUGAGCUUUCUAAGAUUAAACAGUGA